AAACCUAAAGCUUAGUAGGAAAGACAAUUUAGUAGAAGGAAAUAAAAGUUGUGAGUGGUGAGCCCCCACCCUUCUUUUUCAUGCCACUAAUCGUGGCAUAUAUUUAUUUAUUUUUCUAACUUAUCUCACACGGAACAAGACUUCUGAAAAAUGAAUAUGAUACCAUAUCAACGUCAAAUUUCCUCUCUCUCUCUCUCUCUCCAAAAUAUAUAUGUAUAUAUAUAUACACACAUUAUUUGUCUCUCUCUCUCUCUUCUCAUCAUAAUUCACAUAUACAUAUAAAUGGGAAGAAACAGUGAAUUAGAAGGAGCAGCAGUGGAAUGUUGUAUGUGUGGAGAUCAUGGCCUCUCUUCGGAGCUUUUCUCGUGUAGCGGCUGCGAGUUUCGAUCACAACAUAAAUAUUGUAGCAAUCUGUACCCGGGAGCUGAAACCUACAACAUUUGCAACUGGUGCCUUAGCCAAAAAGAUGAUCACAAUCACAAAGGAGAAGAGACCACAAAAUCGUCCCAAAAUUCAUCUCACAAAACCAAAAUUAGCGACAUGAAGAUCAAAAAGGGUAAGAUCGACGUCAAUCAUGGCGAUAGAAGAGCAAUUGAUAACAGAAUCAAGAAGCAGAAUAAAUCGCCGGCGCCCGAUCGAGCUGCGCCGCCACCGCUGGCCGGCAGGAAGAGGGUGACGAGCGAUCGCGGCGUGAUACCUGAGAGGAUUAUUAGACCAGUUUUUAGAAAUAAGGUGAGAAGGUAUAAGCUUCUAGAUGAAGUCUCGAGCUAAUUAAUCAACAUUUACAAUCAAUAUUUGAAGGGAGAUGUGUGGCAGUGGCUCUAUUAUUCAAAAUUGUAAACUUUUUUGCUUAGAUACUAAGAUAGGCUCGGAUUCGAUAAUAGCCUCACAUUUUUAGAUAUUUUUAAUUUUCUGAUUGCGGUACAAGUAAAAUAAAAUUUUCAUUUAAUUAAUUAUUUAUAGGUAUAUGAAUAGUGACGUUUUUGUCAAA